AUGAGCUUCAAGCAAGGAAUAUGUGCUUUUAUCUUCCUACUUAGUUUAUCUCACUCAUUGUUUAUCCCAUUAGAUGCAAUUAGCCAAUUGCGGGUCAAACUGCUUGCAAGAGAACAUGCUAGUCCACCCACAAAUCACUUUGCACAGGGCUUUGAUGUGGUUGCACCUGAAGUAAAACAAUUGUUUGUGAUAUUCGAAAAAAUCACAAACCAGACAGAAAGUGAGCUCAUGUCUAUGUUUGACUCACAAGACCAUGCCCUUGCCCUUGUCUCUUUAAAAUUCUGGGCGCAAUUGAUCAAAACGUUUUUUGUCAGCGAUAACGCACUGCUUCUUAGUUUGGUUACCCUGUUUCAGACUCAAAACUUAUUUCAGGAUAUUCUUGAAAGCGUCCCAGAGGUAUUUAAGCAGCAUUUGGAGAACUUGGACCAUGUUGAACCAGACAGUGACAGCUUGCGCGUUCCGCUGCCUAGCAAAAGCACUGAUUUCAUUUUGGACGUUCAGCAAUCUAAGGGGCUGACCCCGGACCCAGACAAGCCCCAUGAAAUUAAAGUAAGCUAUGAGACUUUACAGAAAUGGAUUGACGAUUAUGGGCUCUCUGCCUCCUCCUUGCGUGACUAUCUUGAGACUUAUCUUUUUGCGGGAGAUUUACUGUGGGUCGCUGGAUUGAGUACCGAAGCACCAGAGAAUGAGCCCGACGAGAAGCCCGACUUGGAAUUGAGGGAAAGGCUUGCCAUUCUUGGAGCUAAUAUUCAAUCUGCGCUACACGCACCUUCAAUUGAGGCCGAAGAGAUCGAAGGACAGGAAGUUAAAUCGUACCAUAGCCAGCCACAGCGAUUGGUGAACGAGCAUGUCAAACAAGCGGUACACAAACCAUUCAGAUUUGAAGAUCCUGAUUUGCAAGUCAAAGAGAACGAUGAGUCACAUUCUGGUUUUGUAAAACGAUCCCGUAUGGGGAAACGAUCAAUUGAUGAGCUACCGGAUUACGGCUCGCUUAUCUAUGCUUUCUCGAGACUAGACGCGAAUGAUCCAAGUGCUGAGUCUGGAAGGGGAUUUGAAAAAGAGUUUGAGAAUGACGAGCUUGCACUGACCCUGCUGAAGCAUCGCGUUUUCGAAAAUGAUGAAAUAGUCGAACCCACCUUGGCACUGAGUCUCGAAGAGCCUUACGCAAGAUCCAAAGAUUAUAGGCAAGUAGUCUACGACGCCUUUCCAUUGGAUGAUCGUAUUGUGAGGCGGGAUGAUAAAGAGGCAGAAAAGGAUUGCGUGCCUGUUACAUGGUAUAAUGUCUUCCACUACAGUAUCUUUGGCAAGCACAAGUUUUGUCAUGUGUAG